UGGAGCUCCGGGGAGGGGCUGUCCCUCAGCAGCAGAAGCCUCCUCACAGGAGGAGGGUGUGUUCCUGCAGGUCAGCUGGCAUAUAAGCUGCUGUCCCAGGAAGGGCUGUUGCACUGACCCUGAAGAAAGCCCAGGAGGCUUGGGGGAACCUCAGGAGACCCGCCAGGACCACUGCCCAUGGGGGAAAAGCAUGGAGGGAACCAUUGGGCCUUGCUCAACCAGGGAGAGGAGGCGGAAAUGGAGAUCUUCGGCUACAAGACCCAAGGCGUCCGCAGGGCCCUGUGCCUGGCCGGGUAUCUCCUGUCCUGCGGAGGGCUCCUGCUUCUCUUCCACUGGAAACCGGAGUGGGACGUGUGGGCAAACUGCGUGCCCUGCAGCUUGGAGGAGGCCGACGUGGUGCUGCUCAGGACUACGGAUGAAUUUCAGAUUUUCACCCAGAAAAAGGUGACCUGGAUCCCUCUGUCUGCCCAGUUGAGUCCCAGCUAUCUUGACAUGGAUGAUGAAGGGUCGCUCCUGAACAGGAUCAUUGUGAAACCAGAGUUCAAGGUGCGAUCCAUCCAGGUGCAGAAAAUCCGGUACGCCUGGGACUUUUCUGCUCAAGAGUUUCGGAAAGUUGGAGUCCUUGAGGACAGCUACAGCUGCGUGGAGAUCCAUACCAAGUUUGGAACAGGGCUGACAACUCCAGAGCAAGAGCUCAGGAGAGAAAUCUGCGGUCCCAACGCCAUCGACAUUGAAGUCACACCUAUCUGGAAGUUGCUUGUCAAAGAGGUGCUCCACCCAUUUUACAUCUUCCAACUCUUCAGUGUCUGCCUGUGGUUUGCAGAGGGUUACAUUGAGUACUCCGUAGCCAUAAUCAUCAUGUCCCUCCUUUCCGUUUCACUCACUGUAUAUGAUCUCAGAAAGCAAUCAGUGAAGUUGCACCAGCUGGUGGAAUCCCAUAAUAGUGUCCUGGUCAAGGUGUGCAGGAAGCAGACAGGCAUCCAGGAGAUAGAGUCACGCCAUUUGGUGCCUGGAGACACCCUGAUCCUGGACGAGGGCAAAAGUCUGUUGUCCUGCGAUGCCAUCCUGGUCAGUGGGCAGUGCGUUGUGAAUGAAGGCAUGUUAACGGGGGAGAGUGUUCCCAUCACAAAGACCAGCUUGCCCUGCGAUAGCAAGAGCACCCAGCCAUGGCAUCUCAGCUCACCCGAGGACAGCAAGAGGCACCUUCUUUUCUGCGGGACGGACGUCAUCCAGGCCAGGGGAGAGGACAGCGGGCCAGCGAGGGCUGUUGUGCUGCGGACUGGUUUCAGCACAGCCAAGGGAGACCUGGUGAGGUCCAUCCUGUAUCCCAAGCCUAUGAACUUCCGGCUCUACAGAGAUGCCAUGCAGUUUCUCUUGUGUCUCGUGGCGGUUGCUGGCAUUGGAAUGAUCUACGCUGUCUGUGUCUUUGUAAUCAACGGGCAAGAGGCAGGAGAAGUGGUGAAGAAAGCCCUGGAUGUCAUCACGAUCGCAGUUCCUCCCGCUCUGCCUGCUGCACUGACCACAGGGAUCAUCUACGCCCAGAAGAGGUUGAAGAAAAAAGGGAUUUUUUGCAUCAGCCCCCAGAGGAUUAAUGUAUGUGGCCAGCUGAACCUCAUCUGCUUCGACAAGACUGGCACGCUAACUGAAGAUGGCCUGGAUCUCUGGGGAGUUGUUUUGGCUGAAGGAAAGAGCUUCCAGGAGGUCCAUCGCUUCUCUUCUGGCCGGAUGAUGCCCUGGAGCCCAGCGUAUGCCGCCAUGGCCAGCUGCCAUUCCUUGAUGGUCCUGGAUGGGGAGAUUCAGGGAGAUCCGCUGGACCUCAAGAUGUUUGAGGCAACUCACUGGGAAUUUGUGGACUCCGUUGGUAGAGAAGGAGGACCGGCAUACUCUGUGAUGGUCAGACCGGGAUCUGAAGCUGCGGAGGUGCCCGUGGAGGCGAUGGCCGUCCUGCGGCAGUUCCCGUUCUCUUCAGCCCUGCAGCGGAUGACUGUGGUCGCCCAGGAGCUCCCCGGGGACUGCCAGGUCUUCAUGAAGGGCGCUCCAGAGAUGGUGGCCAGUUUCUGCAGGCCAGAGACAGUGCCCCCCUGCUUCGCCAGCGAACUCCAGGGCUACACUUCCCAGGGCUUCCGGGUCAUUGCCCUGGCACACAAACGCCUGCAGGAAGGAAAGGCGGCUGCCUCUCUGACCAGGGAGGAGGUGGAGUCCGGCCUGACCUUCCUGGGCUUCCUGGUCAUGGAGAACCGCCUGAAGAGCGAGACCAGGCCCGUCCUGGAGGAGCUCAGCAGGGCCCGCAUCCGGAGCGUGAUGGUCACAGGCGACAACCUUCAGACCGCGAUUACUGUGGCCAGAAACGCAGGCAUGAUCCUCCGGGGCAGCCAGGUGAUUCUGGCCGAGGCCGGCGCCCAGCCAGGCCAGCCCUCGGCCUCCGUCAGCUGGCGAGUGCUGGAGGAGGUCACCCUGGGGGGCGGCAGCUGCGCAGAGGUGAGUGGACCGGUGGAAGGGGGCCAGAGGUGCUGGUGUGGCUGGGCAAACCUCUCAGUGGCUGCCCCCCCGCCCUCCCGGCCCUGUCAGGAUCUGCCCUGGCUGGGGUGGGGAAGAACAAAAAGGCCGGGGGGGCGGGCACCGCCAGAGGCCCUGGCCUCGAAGAAGCACGGCCUGCUGAAUGCAGCCAGCUUGCUUUCUUCCACCGGGGAGGCCACCUCCCCCAGGGAGGGCAGGGGGAGAGGGGAGAAGAGCCCUCCUGGCAUGUGGCCGUGGGAAGGACUUGCGCCUUUACGUGGCAUUGGCUCCUUUGGGAGAUGCCAGUUUGCCAGGGGCAUUUCUGCUCCGGCCCAGUCUGUGCCACACGGUGCCCUUUCAUCUCAGGCCAGAGCUGCCUUCCGACCCUCUUCCUCCACCCCUAAUUGUGACACACCCUGUUUCUCCCCCGGGGUUGCACCUGUUGGACCACUGUCUGCCCCGCUUGCCCGGCCAGCUUGGUCUCUGCCCCCUUGUCCUCCCCAUGGGUCUGCCCCCUGUGAAGCUGACAGCUCUCUCCCGCAGCUGCUCCUGAAUGGGACGGUCUUCGCCAGGAUGUCUCCUGCCCAGAAAGCCCACCUGGUGCAACAGUUCCAGCAGCUCGAUUACUACGUGGGCAUGUGUGGAGAUGGGGCCAACGACUGUGGGGCCUUGAAGGAGGCCCACGCGGGGAUCUCCCUCUCUGAGCAGGACGCCUCCGUGGCUUCCCCCUUCACGUCCAAGAUCCCCACCAUAGAGUGCGUGCCGGAGCUGAUCAGGCACGGCCGGGCUGCCCUGGUCACCUCCUUCUGCAUGUUCAAGUACAUGGCCGUCUUCAGCCUCGCCACCUACAUCGGCGUCCUCCUGCUCUACUGGCAACUCAACUCCUUUGGAAAUUACCAGUUCCUCUUCCAAGACCUGGCCAUCACCACCGUCAUCGGGAUGACGAUGAGCCUGAACGGGCCUUACGCCAGGCUGGUGCCCUACCGGCCCCCCACGCAGCUGAUUGCCCCCCCGCUGCUGCUCUCCGUGGUGCUGAACCUCCUUUUCAGCCUGGCCGUGCAGGUGUGCGGCUUUCUGCUGGUGCAGCAGCAGCUCUGGUACUCCCCCAGCGACAUGCACAGCGCCUGCUCCGCAGAGAACACCACUCACAGGGGGCUGCCGGAGCCAGUCAACAGCAGCCUGGGCAAAAGCCUCAACCCUGGGGACAGAGCUCCCCUGCCAAGAGACAGCUUCCAGAGCUACGAGAACACCAGCGUGUGGCUCCUGUGCACUGUCAACUGCCUGAUGGUGGCCCUGGUCUUCUCCAAGGGAAAGCCCUUCAGGGAGCCGGUCUACAAAAACUACAUCUUCAUGGCAGUCUUGACGGUGCAGCUGGCAGUUUGCCUCUUCUUCCUCUUUGCCAACAUAGAUGAACUCUAUGCCCAGAUGGAUCUGGUGUGCACUCCCACCCUGUGGAGGGUCUGGCUCCUUGGCCUGCUGCUGAUCGCCUUUGUCGUCUCGUUCACAGUGGAGGAAGUGCUGAUUGAGAACCGGGCGCUCUGGAAGCUGAUCAAGAGACGCGUGGGGUACCAGUCCAGCAGCCGCCACAAGCAGCUCCAGCGGGCCCUGGAGAAGGACUUGGCGUGGCCACCCCGGGACAGGACGGACCUCUUGGGCUCCGCCGCGGUCCACGUUGAAGGGCCGGGGGCAACCUACAGCAACCCGGCGUUUGUGAGCCACGAGCAGCCGUCCCAGGACAGCUGAGGCCUCCUUGCCCCCGCCGGCCGGGUCUCGCUGGCAGCACAGUCAGGCCCAACCUCGGGGGACACGGCCCCAGACGCCCUUUCGCGCCGGCCCUCUGGAUCUUGGGAGCAGCAGGGAGAUGCCUCCCGGUCGGUUGCCCUCCCCCGUGGGCGUCAGUAGUCGGGAGGCAGGAAGGGAGGGGAGGGAAGCGCUGGGGGAGCCUGGGAAAGGGCUGGGAGCAGCGAGCCCCCCGAUUGUGUGGAUGGUCCCAAAGGACAGGUGCUCAGAAAGAGGAAUGGGGCCCCUAGCUCUGAGUCACUGCCCCAUUGAGCCACAGCGGGCAAAGUCCAAGGACGCCCAAAUCCCGGGGGUGGGGUGGGCUUGCCCCGGAAUGUUCUGCUGGGCAGCCCUGGGCCGAAGGGGCUCCGUUUGUUUCUCCGGGUGCUGGAAGGGGUCACAGCUGCUCCAGAUCGCCCCCCCAGCCUGGGGACAGCCUUCCUCCCCCGGCUGCUCUCCCGAUGCCUCGGGUUGCUGAUGCCAUUGUGCCCGGCCAGCUGGCCCCAAAGGCUGUUGUGCAGAUAACAGCUGGACUCCCCCAACAUGUGGAAGAGUCACGUAGUGAAGGGAGCCAGGAGUUCAGCUUCGUGGGAGCCGCCCAACCAUUGGAGGGACGGGCCAGCAAGGUCUGGUUGCUUCGGAAGACCGUGUCACGCGAACGCAACGGUUGCCCUUUGGAAUCCAGGCUUCGGGCUUGGUGUGCUAUGUGACACAUCCGUCUGGGGGCUGCCCUGUGCAAGAGCAGCCGAGAUCCAAACACCCGUCUCGCCCAGCACACCGCAGAGCCCCGGCAGCUGCGCUUCCACCCCAGGCCAAGCUCGGCCGGUGCUCACCUUGUUCGUCUUGCUGUGACUCCCUUCAGUUGCUUUAUUGCUCAACCUACUUGCGAGCCUAGAAAUGGGUAAUCGGCCAGCAGCUUGAGCGUGUUGUGUAGACACAGCCAGGGCGAGCUGAUGGCUGAGGCAGCUCCUCCUCCAGCCUGUUCCAUCAGGGAUCUUGCCGAGCUCCCUCCCUCCCUUCCUCAAAAAAGGGGCCCGUCCUGGGCCUCAAGGGCCAAGCCUUGUUUCCUCCUCACCGUUCGCCCAGCAAACGUCUCUUCUGCUUUUCUUGAGGCCCAAGACGGGCCCCUUUUUCCCUAUGGGAGUUUCUCAGGUGCCCCCAGCCCAGGUUAUAGAAACAGCCGGGCUGGAGUUAGGGAUGGCCGCCCUUUCGUUCCACCACGUACCUGUGGUCUGGGGACCUCUAGUGGUCACCUGGGCGCUGCAGGUGCAGGUCCUGAAAUCAGGAGGUCACGGCCACUGUUUGACUUAAGCUGGUUUUUGUCAAAUGUGGAGUCCCGUGGGGCGUGCGUGUGCCAGGGUGCUGACCAGCAACGUCCUGAUGAUGAUGAUGAUGAUGACGAUGACGAUGUCGAUGCAGAGCUCUGCUUAAAGCAGCAGCUCAGGAACGUUUUGCGGAAGUUCAUCUUUCUUUAACAGCGCCCAGCCAAUCCCACCCAGACUUUUCUGUUCCGAGGAAAGCAGAGGAGGAGUCCGCAGCUUUAAUUAAAUGCAGUUGACAUGCUUA